UCUCAGACGGAACCGGUCCGGACAGAAGCACCAUGUCAACUAACGGCGCGACUAACGGAACCAGCGACAUGCUGCAGAUCCAGUUCGGUCUGAUCAACUGCGGGAACAAAUACCUCACGGCGGAGACCUUCGGCUUCAAAAUCAACGCCUCCGCCACGAGCAUGAAGAAGAAGCAGAUCUGGACCCUGGAGCAGAGCGGGGACGAGUCCAACGGGAACGUGUUCUGCCUCAAGUCACAUCUGGGCCGGUACAUCGCGGCCGAUAAGGACGGGAACGUCACCGGAGACAGUGAGACCCCGGGCCCGGAGUGCCGGUUCAUCAUCACCGCGCACGAUGACGGUCGCUGGUCCCUCCAGUCCGAGCAGCAUGGUCGCUACCUGGGGGGCACCGAGGACCGGAUCAUCUGCUUCGCCCAGGUCGCCUCUGUGGCGGAGAAAUGGAGCGUGCACAUCGCCAUGCACCCUCAGGUCAACAUCUUCAGCAUGACGCGCAAGCGGUACGCGCACCUGAGCUCCAAGGUGGACGAGAUCGCCAUCGACCGGGACGUCCCGUGGGGGGUGGACUCCAUGAUCACGCUGGUGUUCCGCGAGCAGCGCUACCACCUGCAGACCUCCGACAACCGUUUCCUGAGGAACGACGGCGCGCUGGUCGCCACCACGGACAAGAGCACGGGCUACACGCUGGAGUUCCGCUCGGGCAAGGUGGCGUUCAGGGACUGUAGCGGCAGGUACCUGGCGCCCUCCGGGCCCUCUGGUACCAUGAAGUCCGGGAAGAGCGCGCGCGUCGGGAAGGACGAGCUGUUCGUGCUGGAGCAGAGUCACCCGCAGGUCGUGCUCACCGCCGCCAACGAGAGGAACGUCUCCACCCGGCAAGGUAUGGACCUGUCGGCCAAUCAGGACGAGGAGGGCGACCAGGAGGUGUUCCAGGUGGAGAUUUGCCGCGAAAACAGGAAGUGCGCAUUCCGGACUGCGGCUGGGAAAUACUGGACCCUGACUGCUAACGGAGGCCUCCAGUGCACCGCCUCCAGCAAGUCAGCUAAUUGUUACUUUGACAUCGAGUGGCGUGGGAAGAGGCUGACUCUCCGGGCUGCGAACGGGAAAUAUGUCGCCGCCAAGAAAAACGGCCAGCUAGCAGCAACCAUCGAUUCUGCCGGCGAGUCCGAAGAGUUCCUCAUGAAGCUGAUCAACCGCCCGAUCAUCGUCCUGCGCGGCGAGCACGGCUUCAUAGGCUGCAGGAAGGUGACGGGGACUCUGGACUCCAAUCGCUCUACCUAUGACUACUUCACCUUAGAGUUCAGAGACGGAGCUUACAGCCUGCAAGACUCAACGGGGAAAUACUGGAUGGUGGGAAACGAGCAGGCGGUGGUGAGCAGCAGUGACACACCCGUCGACUUCCUCUUCGAAUUCUGCGACUACAACAAGCUCGCCGUGCGCCACGCCGCGGACAACAAGUACCUCCGUGGCGACCACGCUGGCGUGCUCAAGGCCAAUGCGGAUGACCUGGAGACCGCCACGCUCUGGGAGUACUGAGCGAGGCGGGGAUGUUUCCGCCUGCUGCUGCAUUGCUGAUGAAUGAAGUGUGGCGAUGCAGCGACCCCCGUCCUUACAUCUACCUAUCCCCCUCCCCUCCCCUUUCAUUCCUUAUAUUAUAUCUGUACUUUAUAUGUCGAUAAACUGCACAGAGAGAACGGGGUGGAUAGAAGAAGAAGUAAGGAGACACUCCUUUCUCUCCUGCCUCCCUUUCCUUCCCUUCAUGCUUCCUUUCUCCCUUAAUAUGUUGCCAUAGUUACCCAGGGGCUGUGCACUUUUUUUUCUGCUCCAAUCUGGUUCGCUGCUCGACCUGUCACUCACUCCCUCCUUGCCUUACGAUUGGGCCAUCCCUCUCCCAGAGCAGAGCAGAGCCAAGUUUAAAAAAAAAAAAAAAGCCCUCCUCCUCUCUGAGUUGAACCCUGCCUUCUCAUUCUUUUUUGUCUGUGUGAGCAGCUCAUGGCGGCAGUAUUUAUGGUCUGCUGGAUCUGUUUCUACCUGAUCUAAUCCCCCCCAAAAAAAACAGGAUCCGGCACCAGAUAAAACCAGCUGCAGCUGCUUCCUGUCAGCUGGUUACAAAAGAUGGAGGAUGUGUGUCUGUUAUUGUGUGUUUGGAUCAUGUAGAAACAGAUUUUUCUGCUCCGUGUGUUUGUUUUCCUGAGCAGGCCCUGUUGCCUCUGUGUGAUGACAUUGUGGUAUAACUGGAGUUUUAUCUGAUGAAGAUGAUGAUGAAGAUGAUGUUAAUGACGGGUUUAACCCCCCUUUGCCUUCCCCUCUCCCCCCCCCCCCCCUUUUCAUCUCAACUGUAAGAUAUUCAAAUGUAAAACCUGUUUCCUGUGUUGUUCUCUAGAUGUGUUCUCAUUGGUUGGCGAGGAAUUCCCAAAGUGGAAGUAGGAAGUUAAAGCACUCGUCCUCGUCUCCCCUCCCAUUGUCCCGAGAACACUAUGAGGGAAAAUAAAAAUAGAAAGUGUACAGACACAAAUGUUAACUGCACACAUCUGUCUUACUGGAAGAAAAAAAAGAAAACACUUGCUGACACAUAUUUGGAUUGAUUUUUUUCUAUGUCCAAGGCACAGACAUUAUCAUGGGGAGGCGUACAGUAGCGAGACAUGAAAUGAUUUAUAGACCUUUUGAAAGAUGCUUUUUGACUCCCUCAACCAAACGUUUACGUCUCCACCUUUAUCGAGACCAAACCGUUGAUACUGGAUGAACAAAACGUCAUCAACUCACACACACACACACACACACACAAAACUGGCCAAACUGGAACUUGGUGCUACUAACUCAUAUAAUAACUCAUGACACGGUAAAUGUUACAGCCAGCAUUUCUCAAACUGUCCGGAGACCCUCGGAUUGUGAUUCUCUGCUGCGUUUCUGCCCAUUUCAGAGUUCCCAUUAAUUACCUUAACCUGCUUCUAUUUUGGUUUCAAUUUCCGUCUGAACUUUUGAAAAGUAUACCUGAAAGCCCUCACAAAGAAAUGAUAUAAUUGUGUAUGUUUUUGUUGUUGUUUUUCCUGAUUUGUCCGUGAGGUGGUGACACUUAAAAAAAAAAAAAAAGUAAAGAAGCAGACGUUGAAUUUGUCCAUUUUACAGAAAUGUCUAUCAUGCAGACAUGUAGCACAUUGCACCCACGGGUCCCCGCUCUUUGAUUCUCCACCCUCCAUAUAACGCAUAAAUCAGCAGUCGUUUCAGUUCCAUAAAGUGUAUACAGCAGAGCAAAGAUUAUCUUGACAUUGGGCCUUGAAUUAUAAGGCUCUUCCAUCCAUUUUCAUCCUCAUCAAACAUUCCUCUGAUGAGAAAUUCAGAAUGGAAAAAUCAAUCAUUGUAGCCUGAUGAAAUGAUACAUGAUUGUAGCCAGCUCCUCAACAAGUCGGUCCAAUUUCCUCUCAGAGUUUUGAGCAUUUUUUUUUGCAUGAAGGGUUGAGAAGCUCAAGCAAGUAAAAGAGGAGGGACAGCGUCUCCACCGUAACCAAGACCAAUGCUUAGACAAACGGAUGUGGAAGGGUUGACAUGUGGUAAUGACUGUGCCUUACUCACGAGUUUAUGGGCAGAAGAAAAAAAAAAAAAAAAAAAAGGAAAAAUCCACAUCUUUGCUUUGUAUAACUGGAACUUCUUUUUGUAUUAUUAUUUUGUAUAAUUUUUGAUAUUGUGGAUUAAUCUCUCUCUCGUGCCAUUGGUUCACCUUAAAUCCAACGACCAAUAAAAAUGGGAUUUGGAACGCAA